AUGUCGGAAGCGGGUGAAAGCCACAAGAGAAGCAAGUCUUCUGCUGCUCUGUCGAUGCUGAGGAAGAAGGAGUCGAAAGAGGAUGGGAACAAUACAAAAGACAGCGACACCAGCACCGAUCAGGGCUCGACGUCUUCUCACCACAAACAUCUGAGCCUGCAUCAUCACUCCACCAAAGGCCAUAGUUCGAGACCAUCAACCGGAACCGCGGGUUUGAUGCGAUCAACCUCCAAUCUCAACGUCCCGCGAAACCCGAUGCCUCCUCCAGCAACACCACAAGAUAAGGGUGUUUCGAUCGAAUCAUCUGUGAGAAAGUUCAGGGUAUUUGAGGCGCUUCGAAAUGGGGAUACCGCGUCGAUUUCAAAGGCAAUUCGAGAGUCGGACGGGCACCGCAUGAGCACAUCGAGUGCAACCGGAGGCGGCUCCUCGGGCGCAUUGGAGGAUACAACCAUUUUGCAUCUUGCAAUUCAGUGCGCUGAACAGCCUGUGAUUGAAUAUAUUUUGUCAGAUGGAGCUGGCUCGAUCGAUAUCAAUGCGCGUGACAAAGAUGGGAAUACUGCCUUACAUCUGGCGGCGCAGCAAGGACGUGGCCAAGCUGUCAAGUUGCUUUUGGAACAGGAUGGAAUCAACGACUCCAUAGCAAAUUAUCAGGGACGUCUACCACUUGACCUUGCACGGACACCCGAUAUUUUCCAAGAAUUACAGCUGUCGCGAUCUAUUUUCAUCGACGGGAAGGUUAGACAAGUCCAAGCAUUGGUUCAGCAGGGAGACUACGUGAGACUGGGGGAAGUCCUGGAAGAGCCACGUGUGAAAACGGUAUUGGAUAUCAAUGGUGGAGAAUUUUGUUCGGAUAUUACCACGGUUCAAUCUGGCGGUACUCUGCUUCAUGAGGCUGCGAGAAAGAAGAAUAUCGCACUAAUUCAAGUAUUGCUACUUCAUGGGGCGGAUCCCUUCCGUCGCGAUCGGAGAGGAAAGCUGGCGCAGGAUGUUACCAAGGAUGAUCACACGAGAUCAAUCUUGAAAAAGUCGCCAGCGGCCGUAGCAGCUCAGCGCGGUAUUCAGGAAAAGGCCGUUUUGGGAACUGCGUCACAACAACUAUCCAGUGCGCCACCUGGCGAUGCUCUUGCCGGCAAAGAAGGUCGAGAAAUGAAAGGUUAUCUGAAGAAGUGGACCAAUUAUCGAAAAGGUUUCCAGCUUCGAUGGUUUGUUCUAGAGGAUGGCAUUCUGAGUUACUCAAAACACCAAGAUGACGCUGGUUCCGCAUGUCGAGGAGCGAUAAAUAUGCGUAUCGCGCGACUCAACAUGGAUCCUUCUGAAAAGACAAAAUUUGACAUUAUCGGCAAGUCUUCAGUCAAAUAUCAUCUCAAGGCGAACCAUGAAGUGGAAGCAAAGAGAUGGUUUUGGGCUCUGAACAACUCGAUACAAUGGACCAAGGAUCAAGCCAAGGAAGAAGAAAAGCAGAGGCAGAGAUCAGAAGAGCUCCUCAGACAAGCCAAAGCUGAGCACACGAACAAUCCAUCUAUCCGAGAAACUUCCACCGCAGACCUCGUACCACCUGGAAGCGAUACUGCCAGCAUAGGCGAUGGGCGAAGAAGCAGUUUUCAAGCUGGUCGACUAAUAGCACAGGCUACAAAGAAUAGCAGUACUAGCAAAGUCGCGUUCAAUACGUCCGGAAGCGUUGCUGACGAUGACGAAGGCACGGCUUACGGAUCAUAUGAGCCGAGCUACAUGGGUGAAGUUUCUCGCGUUCCAAGUCACAUGGGUCCGGGGGGAGAUGGCGACGAUGAUGAUGAUUAUGAUGGUUCAAGUGAUCGUGAAGCACCGGCCACGAAAGACGCGUUUGACAUCACCGCAACUUCAGCGAAACUUCAAUUAGAGAUGAUGGAGCAGGUGCACGCUGCCUUGCAAAUCGCGCAAACGAAGAAUCCCACACUGACAAUUUCUGACACGAUAGCCGUACAAGCCAUGCAAACAUAUGAUUCAUCUAUUCGCAACCUUAAAGUGUUAAUUUCAGAUCUUCUGAAGAUAUCCAAAGACAGAGAUGGCUAUUGGCAGUCUAGGCUUGAUCGUGAACAAGAUAUGCGCCGCAUGUGGGAGGAUAGCAUGGCUCAAGUGGCAAAGGAGCAAGAAAUUCUCGAAGCCAGAGUUGGUGAAGCCGAAGAAAAGCGUAGGAUCACCAAGAGAGCGUUACGUGAAGUUAUUGAAGGCAAUGUUCCAGUCACUAGCCGACCUGUCAGCCGUGGCGGAGACGGUGCAGACGAAGGGGUCUUUGGUGAUUCAUUUGAGUCCCCUGAUGUUGCAGCGGAGAAUGUUGCCAGUAGUGGGCUAAGUCGAAGAUCUACUGCGAAGAGCUCGCUACGACGCAAAUCCAUCAUGGCAGAAAUCAAAAAUCUAUCGGACACUGAGUCUGAGGAGGAUGACGAUGAGUUUUUCGAUGCCGUAGACGCAGGUGAGGUUGAGGUUGCUCCGAUGGUAGAGAACCCACCCGAGUACAAUGAGAAGGCGGGGACUGGUGAGACACUGGAAAAGAGUGGGUUGGAUCUUGCACCGUCUUUCAGGGGCUAUGAAGACGGCAUUCGAAAGAGACUCAAGAUGGAUGCUGAUGAUAGGCCCAAGAUCUCGUUAUGGGGUAUCUUAAAAUCUAUGAUUGGCAAGGAUAUGACGAAAAUGACUCUGCCGGUCUCUUUCAACGAGCCUACUUCUCUACUUCAACGAUGCGCAGAAGACAUGGAAUACGCGGAUCUUCUCGACAUUGCUGCAAGCCGCCAAGACUCCAUGGAACGUAUGGUAUAUGUUGCCGCUUUCGCUGCAAGUGAAUAUGCUUCUACGAUUGGACGUGUCGCAAAGCCUUUCAAUCCUCUUUUGGGAGAGACUUUCGAAUAUGCCCGACCGGACAAGAAUUAUCGCUUUUUCAUCGAGCAAGUUAGUCAUCAUCCUCCUGUUGGUGCUGCUUGGGCGGAGUCACCGAGAUGGACAUACUGGGGGGAAUCGGCUGUCAAAUCCAAAUUCUACGGAAAAUCUUUCGAUAUCAAUCCCCUGGGGACAUGGUUCUUGAGACUUCGUCCUGAUGGGUCUGGCAAGGAGGAGCUAUACACCUGGAAGAAAGUGACAUCAUCUGUCAUUGGCAUUAUCACUGGCUCGCCGACAGUCGAUAAUUACGGCCCAAUGGAAGUUAAAAACUGGACGACAGGAGAGGUUUGCGUGAUUGAUUUUAAGGCUCGAGGCUGGAAAGCAUCGAGUGCAUAUCAAAUAUCAGGUCGCGUUAAUGAUGCCGAUGGAAAACCACGAUACAGUAUUGGCGGCCGCUGGAACAAGAAAAUAUACGCACGUCUCACCCCGGGAUUCGAAGCUACGCCAGAAGAACCUAAAGCUGGCCAACAAAACCACCGCGGUAGCGUUUCCGAUCCAACUCAAGCUUUCCUUGUCUGGGAAGCGAACGCACGCCCAGAAGGUAUUCCAUUCAACCUUACCCCCUUCGUCGUAACCCUCAACGACUGUAACGACAAACUCAAACCAUGGCUUCCGCCUACCGACACGCGUCUCCGCCCCGAUCAACGUGCCAUGGAAGACGGCCAAUAUGACCUCGCUGCCACGGAAAAGAACCGGGUCGAAGAGAAACAGCGAGCGACACGUAGGAGAAGAGAGGAUGCGGGUGAGGAGUUUGAACCAAAGUGGUUUCACAAGGCGCAGGAUCCGACGACUGGGGAGAUGUACUGGCAGUUCAAUGGGAAGUAUUGGGAGGAGCGCGAGAAGGCUGCGAGUGGAGAGGCAUGGAGGAAUGUUGAGGAGAUCUUUUAG